AUGGCGCAAGAUAAAGCAAAAACGCAGAAGGGACUUGCUCAGAAACAUCUACAUUCGAGGAUUUCCUACCUAUAUCAAGCUGCCACUUACCUUGCGAAAGGUACAGAUCAACCGCAAGUGAGAUCGAAUUGCGUCAAUAACGAGGCCAAGAAACAGAACAAGCCUGGUGAAGAGCUUCAAUGCGCAGUAGCUGCCUCUCAGGCUGUGUCUGAGAGCCUCCCUAUUUCGCCAACCGAACCAAAAAUAUGGAUGCGCAAAAUCAGUCCUGAUGAUGAUAGGGUAUCCGAAGAAUCCGCUCUCUCCCGCCAGCUGGUUGUCCACCUCCGAGCGAUAUCGCUGAAAAGCCAGAUUAGGCUAUCUCCUGCGAUGAAGCAUACGAUAUGCAAGCGCUGUGACAUUCUUCUAAUGCCAGGAUCUACGUCUACGUCCUAUAUGGAGAAUAACAGCCGCGGGGCCAGGAAAGCGUGGGCUGACGUCCUAGUCACGACGUGUACUGGGUGCGGUACCGCAAAACGAUUUCCCGUGGGAGCCAAGCGCCAGCUUAGGAGGGAGUCCAGGAUUGGCAAAGCACGAGAUGUGGGAACAUCGGGCCAUGAGGCUGUCUAG